AGCUAGAAGCAAAAAUAAUUUCACAGCAGCAGAUGAAGUACCUGUGGAGAUAUGAAUGAUACCCAUGCUCAGAGCAGUAUCAGUGCUACAGUAGAACUGUUCCAGCUGAUUGUGUACACUCCCACCUUUACUCUGGGAUUGCUGUUCAAUGUGAUGGCUUUGUCAUUCCUGUUUCUUAAGGUUAAAAGGCUCACUGAAUCUACAGUCUACAUGGUAGCCCUUAUUUUCCUGGAUACUUUGCUGCUGUUUACUCUUCCUUUUAAAAUUAUUUCCUAUCACCUUCAGAACAACUGGAACUUGGGGUCUGUGUUUUGCUCAGCCUUGGAAAGUCUUUACUUUGUAAACAUGUAUGGCAGCAUCCUCGUUUCCCUUUGCAUCUGCAUAGACCGGUACAUUGCUAUCCGGCACCCUUUUGUGGCUCCCGUCCUACGAUCCACCAAGAAAGCUGCUAUGGUUUGUGCUGUCAUCUGCCUGGGCAUCUCAGCUGGGACUGCCUCUACUUUCCAACUGCACGGACAGGACCACAACUUCUCAUCUUGCUUCCAUAACUUCUCCAAAAGUACAUGGGAAAACAAAGGAUUGUUUAGCGCCUUGGAGACCACCUUCCUUUGCAGCUUGGCAACGAUGACCUUCUGCACCAUCCAGACCGUCAGAUGUUUGAGAAAGCGCAAAAAGCCUGACAACCCCCAAAUGUACACCAACAGGGCAGAGAAGAUAGUGGUGACAAAUCUCGUCACGUUUGUGGUCUGUUUCACUCCUUACCACGUGGCAUUCCUCUUGUAUUUUUUGGUAAAGAAUAAUGUCAUUCACAACAGUUUUCAGCAAGCCCUACGAGCCAUCCUUCAGGUCACACUUUGCUGGGCAAAUAUGAACUGUUGUCUGGAUGGGGUCUGCUAUUAUUUUGUCUUAAAGGAAUCUUUGGAAGACUCAUUGCAAAACAGUCAAAAAACAUCCAGGCGAAAGCGUUGAGCUAUGUGCUGCACAGUGGUCACUCGGAAUGCCUGCCUGGAAAGCGUCACCAUGCCAGGCAGGCCUGCCGCUCACUGCAAGCACAUCAAAGGCCACCACCUGCCGAUGUCCUAGGGCCUACAUACACCAUAUGGCAAACAGGCACACCUCCUUAGAUACAGACAAAAAAACUGCUCUCAAAAAAAAGUGACUGCUUGAAACAUCACUGAUGGAUGAAGAUGCUUUGGUUGAUGCUGCAGGGUCCUGAACCACUUAGAUAAAUGAUUUACUUAAAAUACUCAGGUCUGAAAAUAUCUCAGGAAAAUCUGCUCCUACUUUAUCUAUCUUGCAUAAUGUUUUGUGUUGGCAUUUAUGGGUAAAAAGAAACUGAAUGAUUUUCUAUAAAUGGUCAUACAUAUCUCUUUGGAUGUGAUUCCUUUUUACUUUGAAGAAAGCUUUAUUCAAUUUAGAAGUGGGAGCAAGAGGAAGGACAGCACUGAAGCAUGGCUCUACCCCGCUUCUUGCACCAAGCAGCACUUUACUCUGUAAGUAGGUUCAGUGACCUGAACACGCGGUCCUUGUGCAAUGCAGUUUUUCUUUGUGUACAGAAAACUGCAAAGUCUGGCUCUAGAUUUGUGCCCAGAUAUUCAGCUCCAUGCCUGAAACCUUUAGGAUAAUGUCCCCCAGCCACAUCCUUUCCUCCUUCCUGAA